GAUAUUGACUAGGAAACAUGAUGUAUGAGUAACUUUCGUCUUGAUUGAACGUUGAAAGCCUCGUGGCAUAGGCAUAACACGAUGCACGCCAGUCCCGGAAAGGACUGCCGCGGAUCAGAUCAACUGUUUGCUUCAGUAGUCACCAUAUAUUACUCGUUCACUUGAAAAAUUGACAAGACAUGCACUGGUAGUUGUUCCUUCUUGUCUCGUUUAAUUGUGGCCUGCCUCAGGGCCACUCUGUUCGGUCGAUAUAUGUGCUCUCUUGGUUGUUCGAACUUCAGGCCAUACAUGAUUGAACUCAGAAACACCCUGCGGAUAAAUAACCUGCGCUAAAUGAGACUCCGCAGGAUGAUAUGAACGUUGCGGGACGACAAACACGGCGGACCGUUUAUGCCAUCUGUAGGACUUCCGUAGAACGCGUGAGCGUCGAGUUGGAGCCAGACCUAAGCCCCGAGCCCAAGCCCGAAUUGGAUCCGGACCUAAGCCCCGAGUUAAAUCUAGGCGCCCAAAGCCCCGCCAAAACCCGUGCUACAGUCGCUUUACCGACACCAUUAGAACCUGUUAUCACGAGGUGCAUGCAUGACUUGAGGGUUAGGGUUCGUCCAUGGUUCGGUCCAUGGUUCCAAGUUUUGGCCGGACCGAACCGAAAUGAGGUUCGCGGUCCGCUGUCUCCCGAACCGUUCGGACAUAGGUUCGGACCUUCCCGAACUGUUCCGAACCCCGAACCAAUGCUUCCUUGCGAUAUCGGUGAGGCAUACAACUGUUCUACUUCGACUUCUGCCCUCAUGGUCACUCUGACUUUUGCGAUCCUCAAGAAUUUCACUGGCUUUGAUUCCUGUCCAGAGGCUCGCAUUUCGCCCCCCCGGCCGUUAGAUAAAGUAUCCUCUAAUGCAGGCUUCGGAGACGGCUGGCUGUCCAACUUUGCGAUAUCGGUGUCUGGAGUUGGAAUCACACCACAGGACUCAGUCUGA